AUGAAAAGUCUUUCUAAAAUGGAAGAAAUGUCUCCUGGUUAAUAACCAAAUAAAUCUCCUACAAGAUCAUUCACAAAACCUAGAAAAUAUGACAAAUUAAUACAUAAAACUACUUAGAUUCCUAGAAUCUCCAUAUUAAGACUUGUUGAAUUUAUGGAUUUAGAUAAUGAUGGAUGGAUCAAGAAAGAAGAUAUAAUGAAAUUCAGUUAGAAACAUCAUUUAUUUUUUGAUGAUGAAGUAAUUUUGAUAUAAGAUUUUAAGUUAGCUUAAGCUAUGAUUGAUGAAGCUUUAAGUAAAAGAAUUGUUGCUUUUAAGGACUAACUUAAAGAGCCAAUAAAUGUAGAUGAAAUAUUAGGAGCAGGUAAUUAGUAAGGAAAUACUAUAAGUUUAAAUUCAUUAUGUAUUGAAUGAGAAUCAUGUUUGGAUUGAAAAGCCUAGACCAUUUAGAGAUAAGUGGGUGUAAUUAUUAUUGGCAGCAGGUGAGAAACUACCUACAGGUCAUGAUCUACCUCCAGUCAAAAUCACAAAGAUACUUGAUAUGCAUGAGAUGAAACCUUAUCCAUAUAGACCAAAGUUGAAUUGUUCUAAAUCUUAAAUUAUUUAUACUAGUCAUUUAAAGGAGAGCCAUUAAUUUAAUAAGAAUAAACCUGAAGCUAGAAUAGUUUUGUAGGAAACAGACCUAAUUAAACCAAUAAAUAAUGGAAUAAUCAAAGAGGAAGAGAGAGAUAAUGCUUUUGAGAAAGUAGUAAAUUCUAAAUUGUAUCACAUAUAAAAUUUAUUAGAAUAGUCACAAAAAUGAUUAAUAUGAAUUUCCAACUAUUAAAUUUGAUACUUAAGCAUACUUUAAAGAAGCAGAUAGGUUAAGUAAAGAACAAAAAUUGUGUAGAACUGGUAGAAAUCCUAUUCUAAAAUUUAUGCCUGAAAAUUUAAAUUACAAAGUUGAGAAUAAUAAUUCUUAAAGAUAUAGUAGUGAAUUCAAGUAAACUUAAACUACUGCUGCAAAAUAUUUAUCUUAACCUGUAUUAUUAAAAUAACCUUAUUAUGGAUUGUCAGAUACAGCUGUAAUUACCACUGAAUAAAAAUAUUUUUAACCUAAAAAAUUGAUUGAUAAAAAUUAAGAAUCUGAUAGAUAAAUAUUUUAUUCUACAUUUAUGCCAGAAGAUGUUAUGACUUUAAAGAAUAGAUUAGCAAAUUUAAAAUAAAGAGAAAAAGAAAAAUUAUAAGAUUUUUAUAAUCCUCCUUCAACUCAUAAAUUCAGAGAUGAAUAUUUUGAUAAAAAUAAACCUCUAUUUAAAGUAAAUUUAUAAGUAAAUUAAGACAAGAAUAAAACCUGAUCCUUUACCAAAUUCUCAUCUAAUGUCUGAACAUGAUUAAAGACCUUAAUUUGCAAUUGAAGAAGAUAUAAAAAAAUAAAAAAAGGCAGAAUAACUAUAUUAAUAAUAAAUUGAUGAUUAUAUGGGCACUUUCAAAUAAAGUAAAUAAUGGACCAAAUACUUCCCAACUGCAGAUUUAACUCAUAAUUUUGUUGAUCAUAAACGACCUAAUUUCUUAGACAAAGGUAAUUAUUAAGAACCAGGAUUAAUAAUGCUUUAAUUUUUAAGAGAAGGAGCAAGUGCUAAAGUAGAUUUUAAUUUAUAAAUUAGGAUAAUUUUUAAUUAUUUCAUAGACUAUUACGUACUAAAGAUAAGCAUUUAUUUUUAGGAUAGUAAGUAGAUCCCAAUUGA